AUGGGAGGGUUUCAACAUCCUUGUGAUGCAAUCUUGCCAAGGAUGAAAAUUAGUAACAAUUUAAGAACAAAUCAGAAAAUACAAUUGACAUCAUGGAAGAGCCCUUCUGAUCCAUCCAUUGGAAGAUUCUCGGCAGGCAUUAAUCCACAAAACACUCCCCAUGGUUUCAUUUGGAAAGACGGUCAUCCAUAUUGGCGGAUGGGUCCAUGGAAUGGUCAGUUCUUUACUGGAGCACAGAGCUGGGUUCUAGAUUAUCGUAGUGGAUUCACUUUAGCAUAUGAUAAAGAAGAGACAGUUUAUGCAACCUCUGCUUACGUGAACGUAUUAGGUUUGUCAAAACAUUUCUUGGAUGCACAAGGAAAUUCAAUGCAGAUACAUUGGGAUGAUGAGAAGGAGGAUUGGGAGGUUGUUGGGUUCACUCCAACAAAUGAAUGUGAUGUUUAUGGCACCUGUGGUGCAUUUGGAAACUAUUAUGCGCUGAGUUCACCAAUCUGCAGUUGUUUGAAAGGGUUUGAGCCAAAGAUUGUUGAGGAAUGGAAUAGAGAGUGGUCACAUCGAACCAAAGAUGAUUGUCGAAAGCAAUGCUUGGAGAACUGUUCUUGUGUAGCUUAUGCAUAUGAUACUGGCAUUGGUUGUAUGUCAUGGAGUGGAAACCUAAUUGACCUGCAAAAAUUCUCCACUGGUGGAAUUGACCUACAGAAAUUCUCGACUGGUUUGGAGGCCAACGAUGAGGCGGUGGAGACAGCAGCAGUAGAUGCGGUAGAUGUCAGAGAGCUUGGAGUCGACUAUGUGGGGAGUAUAGGUGACGAAGGUUUUGAUUUGGUCGGAGUUGAGUGCGACUUUGAAGAGGUCAUGGGUGUGUGUCUUGGUUCACUUUGUGGUCGAAAAUAUUCAUAG